UGUUGCGUCGGUAGCCGCGAAUUUGCGGUCCAAGCCAGUGGCAAGUGAGACAGCUGUCGAGCGUGAGAGUGUUUUUGUUUCGAUUACCGCAGGGAGUAACUCUGAUAGAAAGAGCCGGAGGGCCUCCGAUAAAGGGAUCCUCCUACUCCUCCUUCUCGCCCUUCUCGGUUCCGUUCGGAGAACCGCUCAUACCUGAAGGGCCGUACUCGUACAGAGAAUAGCAGAUAUCUAAGCGAUUGGGGAAUGCUACUGUGUCAGUGAAGAUCGGAAAUUGGGGUAUUCUCCUGUAAGCAAAGGGAAGAAGCGAGGAAACGAGGUGAAAACGCGAGAGAGGGAGCUUAGCUUCAGAUUUCAGAUCCAAGCGCGCAUGAGCGCGUCAGGGGAUUGAUAAAAACUAAAACUCACGACAAAAAAAGCGAACCCUCUGGCAAAACGAGCGAAUCCAUUUCGAUAUAAGCAGAUUACAUAUGGCAUGAACAUUCGAGAACGAAAGACACGAGAAAGGAAGAUGCUGACGAUACAGCGUUCAGACUCUUUGAGAGAGGGAGAAGGCUGCAGCCCUCCGAGCACGCAUUUGAUAGCCCCUGUCAUAUCCGGGGCUUCCGUCAUCGUGUGGAAGCCCGCCGAAAGAAGCGUCUCCUUCAAUCGAGACGUCCAUGUGAAGAGGAUCGGACGCGGUGCACCGCGCGUUACCGCGGCUCUCGCCAGCGAUGGAGAAGGCAGGCUGAUCGUCACCCCGGUCCACAAGGAGAGCAUCACCGCACGGAGUAAGGAGGACCUCGCGCAAGAAGCGGCCCUGGUCCUACAGCAAGCAGGCAGCCUUCAGUGCGUGGCGCACAGCGACAAUCGACGGCUGCCCGGCCGCUUCAGCACUUUGCCGGCGCGACGUAAGAAAAAACGGCCGGAACUGCCGCUCGAUGUAAGGCGCCGCGGAAGCGAGGAGAUCGGCGCGACGACGGCGACGGCGACGGCGACGGCGACGACGACGACGACGACGACGAGCGCGGAGCUGAGCGGCAACGGCAGUCCGCGCACGAAGAAGAAGCCGCUGGAGAGGAGCGUCAGCGAUGCCGGCGCUAAGAAGCUGAAGGGCUCGCUCGCGCGCUUUUUCUCGCCGAAGUUGGAGCGGCGCCGUCGGCCGGUAGGCCGUAGCGCGAGCGACGCCGGCACGUGGACGCGCGUGCAGCGCAAACGAAGCGGCAGCGAGAGCGACGGUUCCCACCUGAGCGCGAGCCGCGCGAGGAAGCAAUUGUCGCCGAUAAUCGAGGCGUCCCCGUCGCACGUCGACCAGCAGCCGUUCCACUUUGGCGUCGGCGGCUCGAGCGCGGAUCGCGCCUACAACGAGAACAACAACAACAACAACAACAACAACAACAACAACAACAGCAACAGCAACAAUCGACCGGAGCCGAAGAAGCCGAAGCAAGAAGCCGAGGCGGAUGAGCUCGCGAGCGCGAUCGAUGCCGAGGACGAGCAGCUGAUAGCGGUCGUCGUCGAGGAGUCACGGAGCCCGGAGGCGCGGACCGCCGACGAGAGGCCUACCGGCGGCGUACCGUCGCCCGGCGGCGCGGCCAAGGUGAUCGAGCAUCGCAUACGCGUGGAAGGCAGAGACGACGAAGACGAUCGCCAUCACGAGCAGCGGAUCGCGGUGACCAGCCGUACUCCUUCGCCGACGAAGGAAUCUCCGAGAGUCCGCGAGACGGACCAAGCGGACGGAGCAGCGACGGCUGGCGCGAGUAGCAUGCUGCACAGCAGCCGAUACGAUUUUCAGCAACGCGACGAGCAGUCGACCAUCCACAAGAUGAUACAUCGAUUGUCGAACGACCGGUCGCCGCCGCCGCAGCUGACGAGGACCAUGGUGUCGCCGUCGCCGGGUUUCGGGCACAACAACAACCGACCGUUCUCCUACACGAGACCGAACGACUCGUGCGGCUCACCGCCGCCGGCGGUGCAGAGCAACGUCAUCUACGCUCAGGUGCAGCCGGACAAGAAGAAGGCCCAGAGGAGUCACUCGGACAGCGACGAAGGCCUCGGCCUCGAGCGUAAGGACUCGUCGCGCGAGAACAGCCCCGCGGAGAAGGAGUACCGCAGGACGGACUACAGCUCGUCGUACAGCAGCGACCUGCGUCGCAACAACGAGAUCAACAGCUUCAAGUCGCGCUACGGCGACGAGGAGCGGCAGAGCUUCGGCCCGUUCGGCAAGCGCGACGAGUCCUUCGCGACGGCCUUCGCCGCGACGGACCUCGCCGGCAGGACGAGCAACGAGGCGAGCAAGAGACGCGGCCACGAGUUCGACGAGAUCGACAGGCGUUUCCACGACAAGCAGCGUCCAGACGCGAGCAGCAAGUACACCUCGACGGUGUUCGUGGACACCUCCGUCGGCCGCGGCAGGGCCGACGGCAUGGAUUCCCGCAGGCGGGACAGCGCGGAGCUGCUGCUGCCGUCGUCGAGGCGGAACGACAGCGGGAUCUCCAACAAGACGUCCGAGCUGAGCGCUCGGCGAGACCUCUUGGAGUCCAGGAUCAAGUCCAGACUGCUGGCUGACGAGAUGUUCGCCGCCAAGAGCAACUGCGCGAACGUGCCGGUGAAGAAGUCCGAGCAUGAGAUCAUCGACAAGCCGAUCGUGCCGUCGCCGGUGACGCCGAGCCGGAUCGCGUCUCCGAAACGCUACACGGACACUUACAUCACGGAGACGCGCACCAACAGCAACGGCGAGAAGUACAUCUUCGAGAAGGAGAUACACGAGGACAACGGCAAGGUCUACGGCUACGAGAAAAAGAUCACCAACAAGAUCCCGAGCGACGGCUGCUACCUCGACGGCCCGAGGCCGCGGGACGGCUACACGGUGGAGACCAGGACGGACAAGUACGGCGACAAGUACAUCGUAGAGACGAGAACGCACGAGGGCUACACCGACAGUUUCAAGCCUCAGUUCGUCAGCGAGCGCGGCAGCAGGACCAGCCCGCAGCAGGACGACAGCAGGUUUCAAAGCAGCGGCGGCAGCAGCCCUUACAAGCUGUCGCAUUAUCUGGCCGAGGAGAGAGACUCCGCCGCGACGACAACGACGACGACGACGACGACGACGACGGCGGCGGCGAGUCACCACUUCCGCGGCGGUUCGCGGCAGAACGAAGACGACGAGCUGUCGUCGCCGAUCAUCGCCAAGAAGCUCAACGAACGCAACUUCUCCAAGAGCGACGACUUUCCCGGUCGAGACCGCGAUCACGACCGUGUUUGUAACCGCGGUUAUGACAGCGGUCGCGAUCGCGACCGCGAAAGCGGCCGGCCGGUUGACAAACACGAGGAGAUCUACCUACCGAAGACGAGCAAGAGGAACUUCGAGUCGAUACGCGGCAUCAGCAAGUCGACGCAACGGCUGGACGAGGUCGCACGAGAGAACGCUCGAGUUCGCGCGCUCAGGAGCGAGUACACCACGAGGUCGCACGAGAACCUGAGCAGCGUGCACGCGGACUACGUCAAUGCUCGCGACAUGAGGCGCCCGUCGCUGCUGGACAGCCCGACGAUGACGAACGGCCGCAGGGAGAGGUCGCCGUUCACCAAGCGUCACCUGGACAGCCUGCGCGAGGGCCCGAACGACGACUACGACACCGACAUCUCGCAGAUGACGAGCAGCCAGCUGGAGUCCAAAUACCGCAACAAGGAGACCACGCGCACCACGCAGCAGAGGUGCAGCAACGGUAAGCAUCCGAUCCACCACGACGACUACGACAGCUCGCCGCCGCGGAUACGCACCGACCGCACCGCCGGCGGCUACAACUCCAGCCGAUACGACUCCGACACCACCGCCAGGGACUCGAUCCGCUGCGAGGCGCGCUACGACGAGGGCUCGCGCACCAUGCGCAAGGAGCAGCACCGCGCUAAGCUCGAGGCUAAGGAGGACCCGAAGAAACCGCUCCGACGAUCGCGCACGAGGCUCGACUACUUCGACGACUCGGACAGCCCGCGCGGCAAGAUGACUUCGGUCAGCCGCUUAGAGACGUUCGACGAGAGCCCGACGAGACCGCCUCGCGCUUAUCACCACGAGGGUAAGUCGCGACACGCGCGACAGGAAGUACGAAGCCACGUCGAGCGUCGUCACCGAGAGACUCGCCUGAGCGACCCCGACCGGAAGGAUCGACUGGCCGAUUCCGGGAUCGAGAACGAUUACAGACGGGACUCGCAGGAGGUCGACAGGCGCGAGCAGCUCGAGUCCGAGGACGAGGGCUUCGUCAGUCGGCAGUUCAUUAAACAUGAACGACGGCACACCGAUCGCAACAUGAACCUAACGCCGUCCGAGCAGCAGAAGUACGACGCGACUAAGCAGCCGCUGGUCACCGCGAAGCCGCCUUCCGGCGCCGACAAGAAAUACGAGAAGAAGGCGGCGAAGAAGAGCGGCACCAUGAGCAAGGUGAAGCAGCUGUUCAGCAAGAAGGAGAAGAAGGCCAAGGAGGAGAAGGGCAAGAAGAGCACGAGAAGCGGCAGCAGCGGCGCUUUGACCGACGACGAGGUAACGAUUAGAUACCAGGAGUACCGCGGCGAUCAAUUGCGGAGCGCGAAGAGCGCGCGAGAUUUGGCCAGCGUCAUCGGUCGGGAGGAUUACAGCCAACGUCGGCGCUUAUCGACACCAAGCGGCAGUCCAAGCCCUCCUAGGCCGACUAGACUCUCAAGAUCCACCGGCACUCUUACUAGAGAGGAGGAGUCCUUCUGUGAGUCCAGCAACACCCUGACCAGAGACAACCAGGGACAAGAGGCGGAAAGGAAAGGCUGGUUCAAGUCUCUCUCAAGGAAGAACAAAUCCAAUGCUGCACCGGUGGAUAAAAAGCCGAGAAUACUCGAGAGCGAGAUCCUGACGACCGGCACUGAGGAUGAGGAAGCUUUCUCCGCGCCCGAACGAGUUUCCGUGCAAAAGAAUCUCCGCUUCUUCGGCGAUACGGAUCAGGAGUCCGUCUCAUCCAACAGAGACCGCAGAAGUAAAACUGUUGACAGUCAUGCAUGCGCGAGGCGUGAUGUCACAAAUCCAAAUCGCCACAACCUGGGUAUCAUGUCAGCUCCGAGAAAACCGCCAAGACUCGCCGAAAGUGCGUUGUCCUCAGGUGAGAGUACGACCGGCGACAGCAGUCAGCAAAGCCAAAAUUCACAGAGGUCACAAAGAUCUGUUGUGUAUCUCCACGCUGCUACAGUCGGAGAAAUACCAGGACCGAACGAACGACGCAGGGCCGCGAGCCGCGAGGAGUUAAAUCGACCGUUGCAAUCGCACACGAGAACGGUGUCGAGGAGCGUGAGCGUCCUUGCACCGUGGAAACCACGACAUUAUAGAGAACCGUUCGAGAUCAACUAUGAUCAGCAGCAACAACAUGCGAAGCCGAUCGCCACUAUGAGACGCAGACAACGGAGUCGCGAGACUCUCAGUCGCCGAGGGAAAGAGGCUCGACGUAGCAAAGACAAUCUCUCGAAAACAAGCACGAUCAAUCGCAACACACUGAAAUCGAAAGACAAGCAGAAAGUGGAUAGGACCGUUUCGACGGAAUCACUGGCCACCAAGUCGCGAGGCAUCAGCUCUAAACCUGAGUUAAAUAGAUCCACAUCCGUGCCGCGUGAUCCGAAUAAAAGCGCGGGAUGGUUCAAGCUGAAGAGUAAAAAGUCCCGCGCUUGAAUCGGGCGGCCAUUAAUCAAUGCUAGUCUCGAGCUUCAUAAGUAAUUCGUAGUCGUAGAUGAUAGAUAGGCGCCGGUUAUUAAUAACGACGCAACAUAACGCAGUAUACACCGCCCUUGUAUUCUCUACUUUUUUUUAACAUCUUGUACCGUGCGAACGUCAAUCGCGCGAAAUUUUUUAACCAUUUAAGGGGACACCAUACUUGAAAACUUAAUUGACAGAGCAUUGACUUUUUUCUACGUAAAAUUUACAUCGUAUUAGUUGCACAGAAUUUGCAAACGCUUUUACACGUAAAAGUGCGAAAAUGAAUUGGGGCAUUGUGCAAUAUUUGAGACCCGGUAAGCAAAUUGAGCGCAGAUUGCACACAAAUUGGCAGCAAGUUCGAUCAGAAACUCACAUCAAAAACGUAGUCAUCUGUAUCCGCAUUUAGCUAUGGCUGUGGCGACAGAAUCUGCUGCUGGACAAUAUGUGCAAAAGACUCCGCACAAUUCCUUAUGUAAAUUGGAUUUAGGUGAAAUUGGCUGAAUAUUUGAUAUGUUAUAGAUUUUGUUUCUAUGAUAAAAAGUUCCCAUAGGGACAACCCCCAAUAAUUGACCAUUUGACUUCUAUGAGGUGUCACGGUGACGAUAAUGCGAUAAAACGAGAAAUAGUUAUGAGAAGAUGCGAAGAAGCUGAUAGGCAAGUUAAUUUGAUGGAUGGUACACGUUUGUGUCUUAAUUGUAAAUGAAAAUUCUGUAUUUUAAAACGUAACAAUUCAGAAAUAUUCUGAAUUGUUACGUUUUAAAAUAUAGUUUAAUUAAAAAAGUUGUGCUUUGUGUUCUCAACAGAAAGUGAAACAUAAUCGAUUGGCACACUUAGUUGUCAAUGUAUUAUACAAUGUAUUAUACAUUGAAACACGGACUUCCGUUUCCGGUAGGUUAGAGGAGUGAUACGCUGUGAGAGUGGUACGCAAAGCGAAAGAGAAAAGUGUGGAAGGAGAGAGUGAGUGGAGGUGAGAGUGGGUGGAGGAGUGAGGGGCGGUGAGGGGAGGGUGGAGGAGUAAGGGACAGAAAGGGCAUAGGAUAGGAAGAGAGCAUAAAGAGGAAGAAAAGUGUGAAGGAAGGUGGAUGACAGAGCAUACAGAGAGGCAUAGAUAGAGGGACAAUAGAGAGGGAGCUAGGAUAGGAGAGAGGUCGGUUUUAAAGUAAGGCGAAAGUGAGAGGAAAUAGAGAGACAGGAUAGAAAGAAGGAAGGAGGAGAGGAGAGGAAUAAAAGGGGCAGAAUGGAAAAGGAGGGAGGAAAAGGGAAAACGGAAAAACAGGAGGGAUUAAGGGAGUUUCUGGGAAUAAGUGCAUAUAGGGAAGGGCGGAUAGUGUGGGGAGUGGAGCAAGUGGAGCAAGUGUAAGCAGUGUAGGAAGUGCUGGGAGUGUAGGAGGGAAGAGUAGAGGACAAGAGGUCAAGAGAAAGAGAGAGGACGCUAGAAGCGAUGAGGAGGAAGAACGAAGGGGAGGGGGGAGGAGAGAAAAUAAGAAAAUACAAAGAGGAGGUAAGGAACAUGACAGGGGGAGAAAGAGAAAGGGUUAAUGGAAGGAGAAUUAAAGGAAAUGAUGUGGGAAAUGAUAGAAGGAUGGAGGAGUGCAAAGAAA